CAGUCGCCGACACCCUCUCCCUCUCGCAAAUACCAGUCGCCGACACCCUCUCCCUCUCGCAACCAACCGACGUCGAUACCCUCUUCCUCACGUGAGCAUUGUCGAGAUCCUCUCCUUGAGCCUACCCCAUCCGUGGUUAGGGUUAGGGUUUGGGUAGUGUUUGGUUAGGGUUAGUGUUUGAUUAAGUUUAGGGUUUGGUUAGGGUUAGAACAUGUACUUAUCGAUUUAAUUUUUUGCAGAAACAAUGGAUCCAUUCGAAAUCCAUCGAGACUUGGAACAGGAAGACCUAUUCGAGGACAUAAUCCGCGAUGGUCCAGAAGCCGACCGAGAAGAGCGCGACUCUGGUGAUGGAGAAGACCGCGGCUCCGGUGAUGGAGAAGCCGACAGCUCCGGUGAUGGAGAAGCCGACGGCUCCGGUGAUGGAGAAGCCGACGGCUCCGGUCAUGGCGAGGCCUCCGAAGAUAAGUUGGAGAAACGAGGCCCGGCAAAGAGGUUGAGCCCAAAAGACCACUUCACAAUUGAAGCUAUAUCACCGAAAGGCCAACCGGUGGCACCCGCGGCUGUCAGAGUGACAUUUAAAAAUCAGUGCGGAGUUCUGGUUAGGGAUCGUCUCCCGAUCACUAUUAGAGAAUGGAACAAGACCAAGAAUGUGUCCGAAGAAUAG